UUGAACUUGAACAACUGAUAAGAAUGAUAAACACAGUCAAACAGUCAUUACCAAGUUCAAUUCAAUUUCGAAAUUGUGGAGUUGAGUUUUGAGUUGCAUGAGUGAGAUGAGAUGAGUUGAAGCAGUGAGAGUGAACUUAUUUCUUGUUUCGUAAUAAGCUUCAGGAAUCGACAUGUUGAAAUUUCGUUGAGUAAUUAUACAGAAGUAGGUACCAGGUACAGUCAAUUUAAAGAUGAGUGGUUCUCUCAGUAUUGGUAGCAGUUUAGAAUUCGCUGGCACUUCUGUUGAUAAUGCUACGUGUGAUGAUGUUGGCGGUGAAAAUUCACUAGUUGAUGUUGAUGAUGUAAAACACGGAUUAUCGAAAGCAGAUGCAUCCCCGUCAAGCAGAAGCCGUGUUGUAGUCUUCGAUAUUGACGAUACGCUUUGCAAAAGUGAUUUUAUUGGAAUCAGAGCGGGCGAGAAAGCAUUAAAAAUCGCCAUAAAGAACCAUCCGGAGUGCCCAUUUAUUUUCUCUGACGAAUGGGAAGACCGAAGUUUUAUGAGAAAACUACAUGUAUUUUUACCUUACCUGCAAAUUGUAUUCGAUUACUUAUUGCAGCAAGGGGUACGAAUUGUAUUUUUUUCUUGUAGUAUGAAGAAAAGAAAUGUAUCAGUCAUCCCUGAAUUACUUAUAUCUUUCUGGGGCAGAGAGAAAUUUGAAGCACUGAAAGCGAAAGGACAAUUCGAAAUUUUCUCUGCGGAACAUGUACGACCAUGUACUACAUUUCAGGACGAAGGAACAUGUGUGAAAGAUUUAAAAGUCGUUAUUCGAGGCGAUGAAACGUUAUCAGAUGCCAUCUUAGUAGAAGGUGUAAUCAGUUUUGCUGCUUAUGACCAGAAACCAGUUUUAAAUAUUAUAGAGUUAAAGGAAUGGUGUUUAAGUGACAACUAUCGUCACAUUCCACUUUCUCGCGCCGGAAAAUCUAAUAAUUUUCCUCUGAAUAGUGUGUACUACAUGUUCGGUGUAUUCAGAACCUAUUUUGAAAAUGAAAAAUUUAAAGUAUUGCCUUUGAGGGAGGGCUUACGUCAAAUUUUACCCGAAGAUGCGUGCAGUCUCAUUUCAUUUUUUUUAAAGCAUUCUUUUGCCAAUGAUAUGAUCGAAUUAGGAUUAUCAGAGGUGCAAAAGGUGGUACCUGAUGCCAUAUAUUAUUGAUUAAGACCAAAUAUUUCCAACUGUGAUAUGUAUUUUUAUGCUUUUUUUUAGUGUAUUCGAAAUAAAAUUAUAUAUACUCAAUCAA